GCCAUCUCCCUGAUGAGCUCUAAAGUGUGUGCUCACUCUCACACAUGCAAACAUAGGCACACACAUGCCUGCCUGACGGCCCGCGCCUAUCUCAGAGCCACGCUGGAGGCUUCAAUGUCAGAUAAAGACACAAAGAACAAGCGAGAGAGAGAGAGAGAGAAAGAGAGAGAGACAGCAGUGCUUCCCUCGCUCGCUCCCUCCUCCUCCUCCUCCUCCUUCUCCUUGUCUUCUUCCACUCACUUCCUUCACUGCACCAAGGAGACGCGCACUCUUCUGUUUCUGAUUGGACGAAAUGUGCAUGACAGCAGCUACUUUGGGAGAGGAAUCUGACAUCUGCCACCAAAGACAGAUCUGAGAGCUCAUGCAGUCGCAGCGACGUCUUGAAGCGGUUGGCUGUCCAAAUGGCUUUUCCAGGGAGCCCGGGGGUCCUUCUGGUCAGCACAUCCUAAAUUCUCCAGAUCUGACCCAAGAGGUGGUCAUCUCCCCUGGACUGCCUACUCCUCCCCUGAGCCCCUUCCGCUCUGCCAGAGUUGCAUCUGGAGAGUUUAAGGCGUCAGAGCUCAAUGGAAGUGGACUAACGUCUCCAAGUUUUGGAUCAUACUAUGGCCCCUCACAUCCACAUGGGGACCUCACCAAUGGGAUGAAUUCACCCACGAGGGAGGAACGGCUCAUCAAAUUCUCAGGAAUUGGCCCAGUGGAUGAAACAGGGAUGCCCAUUGCCUCCAGAUCAAGUGUAAACAAGCCAAGGGAUUGGUACAAGAGCAUGUUCAGACAAAUUCACAAGAAGCCAGAGGACUCUGAUUUGGAGGAUUCAGAGAGCUGGACCACUAGACGCCUGUCUGCUAACACAGAGGAUGAAGACGCAGACAAGCACCUCUUCAAACUAACGCCACAUGGAGCCUUGCCAGACUGGAGCCAGGAUGUCAGCGAGCUGUCAGACCCAGGAAAGCAGCAACGUAAACCUAGGAGCAUAUUCGACUUCGAGCCCGGAAAAGAGGUCUCCUCUGUAGGCCUCAAGCAGAACCCGGUGUCCCCACAAACACAGCCCGAGAAGUCCCCAUCUGUUGAGGCCAGUCUGGUCUCAGAGCUGAGUCGGUUUGAGGCCGAGUUGGACUUGGAUAUCCAAGGCCUGGAGACGAGACUUUCCCAGAAGAAGCGGCCGCAGCGUCAAGGCUGGGGUGAGGAGGCCAGGACCAGGGACACCACUGCCGCUGCAAAGAAAGGAACCACAAAAUACAGCAACCCAUCAGCACCAAAGCAACCCAUCCAUCACUCUGUUGGCCCUUCACCAGCCUUCACUCAUACAUUUGUAGAUCGACUUUCUGGUGCAAAUGAUACAAUGGAGCGUUCGCCUAAGAAAGAAGAGAAGAAGAUGAAAGCAGCACGGGCCAAAUUUAAUUUCCAGGCUCAGUCACAAAAGGAGCUCACACUGCACAGAGGCGACAUUGUUUACAUCCACAGACAAGUGGACGCCAACUGGUUUGAAGGAGAACAUCACGGCAGAGCGGGCAUCUUCCCCACCACCUAUGUGGAGGUUCUUCCGCCGUCAGAGAAGCCAACACCGAUAAAGACCCCCAAUUUACAGGUGCUAGACUAUGGCGAAGCAGUGGCGUUGUAUACUUUCAAUGCCGACCUUCCAGUUGAACUUUCUUUUCGGAAAGGAGAAGUAAUAAGUAUAACCAGAUGUGUGGAUGACAAAUGGCUGGAGGGGAGGAUCUCAGGGACCAACCGGAGUGGCAUCUUCCCCGCCAGCUACGUGCAGGUCAACAAGAUGCCCCGCACCAAAUACACCACGGAUGACUACUCAGCAGGCCAAUUGUCUCCUCUGUCCCCCGGACCGCAGAGUCCAGGACGUCCGCUCCACUCGCCUUGUCUGCAGUCACCUCUGUCCCCUUCCAGUCCCAUCUCUGUCAGCCCCACACAAACUCACUCCCCCCUGAAGUCAUCUUCACCUCUACCUUAUGGUGCUGCUUCUCAGCCACGCUCUCCUGCGUUGUGCAAAGAAACAGCCAAUCGAUGGUCUCCCGGUUCCUCCAAACCUUCUUCCCCUGCCAAUCACAACUGUGCGUCACCUUCUGCUCAGUCACCAGCUUCUGCACGAAGCACAGGAGAGCCAACAGUAAACACUUCCAGAUUUAAUGAUCUCUCGCAGGGCGCUCUGUCCAAUCCUCAUCCCAACUCACUCCCACCUGCCCAGGUGCCAAACGCUGACGGUUCCACUGUGGUGCAACAACAACCAUACAAAGCAGUGUACAAUUACAAACCCCAGAAUGCUGAUGAGUUGGAGCUCAGGGAAGGCGACAUUGUACAAGUGAUGGAGAAAUGUGAUGAUGGCUGGUUUGUAGGUACGUCAGAAAGGACUCAUGCUUUUGGGACUUUUCCUGGGAAUUAUGUGUCACCGGUUUGACUUCCUGUUUGACCACAUUCACCUGGAUAUUCACGAGCAGAGCACGUUUGUUGUUGCCCACCUUUAGCAGACACGCAUGUUCACAAUAGUUGUCUUGGGAAGACAUGAAGACGUCCUCACCUUCCGUUACGAGUGCAUGUGUGUGUUGCACUGGCUUAUGGGCGUUGCCACACUUACCAUAAGAGAGACUGGAUGCUGAAGACACUGCUUUGAAUGCAAAAUCUACCAUUUUGUUCCACAGCUAUUUGCGCAUCCAGCAAAUCAUACUUUUUUCCAGAGACCAAGCCUGCUCUUAUGUCCUGCAUCUGGCCAACACGUUGACACCAGACAAACCACUGAAUUAUGAUUUUGAAAUUUUUGGAGACUCACUGAUUAACAUUUCCAUAAAAUGUCUGUCACAGAUUAUCUUUCAGAGCUUUGAAGACUAUUGAAGAAACAACGUGACCCUCUUUAGUUAAAUAUGCCAAUAUGAGGUUCAAGCCUUUCCACAAAGCUAAGUUUUUAUUACGUCCACAGGUUUAUGGCUAUUCAUUGUUAAAUGUCAAGUUAAAGUUAAUACCAUUUGACAGGAUGUUAAAGAUGUAAGUUUCUUUAGUCACUAACUUCAAUAUCAGGUAAAUUUAGACAAAGCCUCCACAGCUAAUGACUAAUAUGGAUGGGAUAGUAACCACUACCGAGGAUGUCGUAGUGGUUUGUGUUGUGAUUUGUGCAGCCCUUUGAGACAUUAGUGAUUUAGGGCUAUAUAAAUGAACAUUGAUUGAUUGAUUAAAUUAUCCAUCCAUCCAUUUUCUACCGCUUAUUCCCUUUUGGGGUUGCGUUAAACAGCCUCAUUCUGAUAGUAGAACCAAGUAUAACCUUUGUAAGCCUUAUCUUAGAUAUUAAGUUAUAUUUUAUGAUACCGCAAAGAUUUUUGUCUAAAUCAUGUAGCCUACAGAUGAUUGUACAGUGUAACCUUUUUGUCAAAAAUUGCAAACUUUAAUAUAUGUGCCUAUGGAAUGUUGGAUGUUUACAGUAUGUGUGUUAUUGUUCCUGUUUUUAAGAUGUGAAUUAAACAUUGCUGUGUGAAGCAGAAAGAA